UAAAAAUGUAGCGGGAUGGCGCGAGGGUGUCCACAUGAUCGGCUCAUCCCCACGCGCCCCCGGCGCAGCCGAGUUCCACGCCGCGCCCGCGUCCACUCGCGUCGCGUCGCGCUGCACGCAUCGGCGUCACGUGCCGGUGGCGACGUCUGGCGCUACAAGAAGCCCCCGCGCCCCGCAGGCCUUUCUGAUCAGCUUCUUUCUCCGAGCGUCGAGCGAGAGAGAGAGAUGGAGCAGCAGCAGCAGCUGCGCGACGGCGAUGGCGGCGCGGCGGAGGGGGACAUCGAGCGGCUCCCCGCCGACCUCCUCGCGCACGUCCUCUCCCUCCUCCCCUCCUUCCGCGACCUCUCCAUGGCGGGGGGAGUGAGCCGGAGGUGGCGCCGGGCGGUGGAGCGGUCGCUGGCGUCGCGGCGGCGGCUGAGCUUCGCGGGGCAGCGUACCGGCGACGACACCGCCGCGCGCCUCGUUCGCGCCGCCGUCAACCUCCGCGACCUCGACAUUUCACGAAGCUGCUGGGGGUGCCAAAUCUCCGACGAAGGCUUGAUCAAGAUUUCAACCGCGGAUUGCGUCGGGAAGCUGACGUCCAUAUCGCUCUGGGGAUUGGCUGGAAUUACAGAUAAGGGCGUUGUUCAGCUGGUUUCAAGGGCUUAUUCUCUUCAGCACCUGAAUAUUGGUGGGACAUUCAUCACAGACGAGUCCCUGAAUGCAGUUGCAAAUAGCUGCACAGAUCUGAAGAGCAUCAUCCUGUGGAGCUGCCGGCACGUGACGGAGGCCGGGCUGGUGGCGCUGGUGAACAAUUGCCGGCGGCUGGAGUGCAUCAACGUGGGCGGCAUGCGGGUCCCGCCGGAGAGCUUCGUGGGCCUGCUCUCCAUCAGCCCCGCCCUGCGGAUCAGGUCCAUCCCCCAGAUCCUCAACGCCGGGGUGCAGGUCUCUUGAUUGAUGCCGCCGUCCAUGGACAAGGAUUGUUACAAAAGCCCGCCAUGAGCCCAUGCCCAUCACUACUACUUGUUCAUGGCAGGAAUCAUCACAAGGGAUCCAUGAAAUAAAGGAUCAAUUGUUGUUUCGUGUUGUCCUGAUUAUUGCUCUCCAAAAAAAAGAUGUGUUGAUUUGAAAAUUGUAUCUUUUGUAUAUUCAUUCACACCUGUACAUGAUUUUACACAGAAUAAGUGGUACCACCACAAGUACAGCUUGUGAGAGGAAGGGCAUACAUGACUAUGUACUAAUGAACCAUAUAGUAAGUUAAAGUUCAGAUAAAUCUUAAUGUUCAGUUUGA